AUGUGGGAGACCCUGCCAGAGCAUCAAACGGCCCCAGCGCACUGGGAAAGCCGAUACCGGGACACCACGCAAGGGCCCCGGUCAGCAAACGCCACCUUAGAGAUCAACUGGUCCGUGCAGCACUCGCAGCCUCCCAAGCAGUCUUCGAUAGAAUACAUGACAAUGGCUGCAGAGAUCUGCACGCAAUGGAUCCGUGACGCACCUCCAGCAGGGGCCCCAGGGAGCCGCUUUCGGCCCCACCACAUGCAGACCUCCGCUCCAGGGCAGGACACUCAAUUUGCAGUCUGCCUGCACCACAUAUUUCACCAGAGCGUACAAACGGCCACGGAGCUGAGGCAACGGGGCUGGCAGUCGUGGGAAGGCCACAAUGAGUGGCGACAUGAAGCGACGGAGUCGACAGGGUGGUGGCAUGGCUGGAAUUCGUGGACCGAGCGUACCGAAUGGCACUCUGAGGAGGCGGAAUCGCAGGGCGACGGACAGCCAGGCACCGUCAGUGAUGGCCCCUCAUCUUCCUCGGCUCAGGCUGUGAAGAUCCAGGCCCAAGACCAAGGAGAGCCACACAUGGAGGAGGCCGAUGUGCCGGCCCCUGCAAUUAAUCCAGUCGUGGACGGCACCACACCUGACAUGAUGAACGAGGUACGGACCCUGACAGCUGACCCGGUGGCAUCGGAGACAACAACGGACGAGGAGGAGUUAAUCCCAGCAAAAGAGCAUGCCGCUGUGCAGCAUGCCGCUAUACAGUGUGGCCCGGUCACGUGUGACCAGGCCACACAGACAAGCGACAACGAGAGGCCAGGAAAGGCUGCACCUGGCAACUACACACCUCAGGGGCUGCCGCUGCAGAGCGUCGCAAUGAAGGCGGAUGAGCAUCCGAUUGAGGAGACAAGCGGUGAGGUCUGUGGUGCACGAAGAGGAGGCGACGCACGUGGUGCGGUCAGGAGGGCCCAAACAAUCGGCCCCGAGAGGGUGCCGCCGCACCAGGGACUAAAUGCUGCGGCAAGGCUACACCUGGGCAAAGCAAAGCAGCUUCUGGGCGAGCUCUUGCCUAGCAACCCGGGGGCGAGCCUCACGGCCUUCCAGAUGCAGGGACACUACAAGUUCAGGCACGACCUAUACCACAAAGCUCAGCAGGGUGAAGCCUACGACAUCCGGGGCCAGCACAUCGACAGCCCGCUCCUCACGGAUAACGUCGGUCGUUGGAUAUGGUCACUGGUUGGUGCCCUGCUGACGCAUGACAAGCUCGGACAGGUGCAGAGCUGGCAAACAGGAGGAGAUCUCGUUGAAUCCUGGAUGCACUCCCUAUGGACGACACAGGGUCAGGCUGAGCUAGACAUCCUUGCCGGCGUUUCCCGCCUCGCCAGCCACUUGCACGAUGGGCUGCAAAAUUUGCCCCGAGCACUGUAUCUCCAGCUGCAGUGGAAGACGCAUUGGCCAGAGUUUUUUCAGGCGCUCAUGCCAUACCUGUAUAGGCCUGACUGCAUUGACGGCCCCCUAGAGGUCAAAGCUGCCUCCGAGCCACAUCCAAUUUGUGCAGACACUGCCUGGACAUCUUCGGACUCGCAGGCUGGCGCAGGCAGCCGCGGGAGCCGAUCAGCCGGCACCACUCAGCGGGACGCCCCAGCACAGAGGGUUCCGGCUGAGGGAACCCGGGAACGCGACACACCAGAGGGGUGGCCGUGGACACUCCUGGAUGCGAAUUCCGUCAGCGCUCCCACUCCUUCGGCCCAGCGUGCCCAGACGGCCUCAUCCUCCAGCACUGCGGUCACCGAGCCUCAGGACCAUGAACAGGACCACGACAAGGGCAGCGCGCAGGACAGGAGCCGUACCCCGGCCCGCAGAUCAGCCCGAGACCCGACAAUCACCUCCAGGACGGAUGCAACACCGGACAGUCCUACACGACGUGAUGACAUUAACGGUGUCCUCACUGAGAUCUUGCGAGAACCGGGUCAUCGCUACGGGGUGCAAGUCAGACAAGACGGUUUUGCCUCGGCCAUCGAGCUAGCCUGCAGCCCUCUUCUGCAGGCACAUGGCAUCAGUUUAGGGGACAUCCGCUGGAUUGUUGAUGUCAGGGACAGACAGCGCUAUCAAUGGUGCGACAUCCAGGGCUCCUCCCACAUACGCCUAAUCAUGAGCCGGGACCUGCCGACCGACAUGGGAGGCACACCCCAUUUCUCCUCUCCGACGGCCCCCACAGGGAGUGCCGAAAAGGUGAUCGAUUCCUUCGUGGCUGGUGAAAAUCAGGGCGCAGGUCUAGGAGUUGGACAGCCCAGGAAUAACACCAGGCAGUUAUCCUACAUGCACGGCCCUGCUGGGGAGCCGGAUCUGCCAACCCCUCAGUGGAAGACGAUCAGUGGUCGACUGAAUCUAGGAGAUCUAAGGUGGGAAGAUGGCGGGGGGCGCGCCUUUAUGCCGGACACCAAAACUUAUGCAUAUUUGUAUCUGGUUGUCCCACAACCCAUCCGCCGACAUCGUCUUCCCAGAGGGGCAGCCGAGCUCCUGGAAUGGAGCGAGACGGAGGAUGAGACAGUGGUGCCCCCGGCCUCAAAGAGGCAACGGACAGAUGAGACGGCCUCUGGUGAUGGCCAGCAGCAGAUUGACGGCCCCACGAAGGAGCCGAGGACACCUCAGCAAUGGGUGCUCCGUGCAGCGGACACCAGCCAGAUCAUCGACCUGGACGAUUACAAGCGCAGCGCCGGCGCUCACAUCCACUCAGAUGUGCAAGGCCUUCUUACAUGA